AUGGCUAUGUGCGAGAUGGGCGCAAUACCGUUGACUGACGCCGAAUGGCUCGAAGAUGCGGUCGCGGCACUUCACGGGGCCUACGCUCACAUUCAUCCAUACAUGGCUGUAGCUCUGUGCUUAGCAGGAACAGCUAUGAAUGCGGUGACGGUUGUGGUUCUGACGCGACCGUCAAUGCUAUCGCCGAUCAACGCAAUUCUCUGUGCGGUUGCUAUCUGUGAUAUAUUGGUGAUGACAUCGGUGCUGGUGUUCGUGUAUCAUUUUCUCAUAUCCUCUAAUUUCAGAUGUGAUCCAGGCGAUUACGAUAGGACGUGGGCGUAUUUUCUUUUCGCUCAUUCGCAAAGUACUGUAAUACUUCAUGCUACAAGCAUAUGGCUAACGGUCCUUCUCGCACAAAUACGUGUGUACACUAUAAAACGGGCAACCGCUGGCCCGUCUGAAGCAAUUACAGCUCGUGCGACUGGUGGUGUAGCACUUAUCACCCUUUGUGUGGUUGCUUUAGUGAAUAUUCCGAAUUUUAUGACAUUUGAGAUAGUGGAAAUUGAUGCAGAAUUAUGGCUGCCGUGCCUUAAAAAUGGUGGCGUUCUGGACGAUGUAACAAUGACCGUUGCCGAAUUAGCCACGAAUAGUACGCAACGCUCCUCGUUUGGGAAAAUUUUCCAUGUCCGGGCAUCUGAAAAUGACUGCGAACUACUAAAAGUAGCGUUCUGGACAAACGGAAUCCUGUUUAAAGUCGUCCCGUGUAUGUUGCUCACCGUCUCAAUCAUCGCUUUGUUAAAAAUCAUCAAAGACGUGGCUGACAGACGCAAGUCGUUGGCACAGGUGAUGAACAAGAAACGAAUGCCUCGUGACCAUACGACACCGAUGCUGGUGGCUGUGUUGUCCAUUUUUCUUGUUGCCGAAUUGCCGCAGGGAAUGCUGCACGUUUGCAAUGCGAUCUACUCGAAUGAGACUUUCUAUAAGAAAAUUUAUAUACCUCUUGGUGACCUUAUGGAUCUGUUGUCGCUGCUAAACUCCGCCGUCAACUUCCUAAUAUAUUGUGCAAUGAGUAGAAAAUUUCGAAGCGUCUUCAUACAAACAUUCCUCGCGUGUCUCCCUGAUCCACUGUACAGGAAGUUCCUGAAAGAUUGGCCUGGAUUAGCACAGAUGGAAUUAUCACGUCACAAACCGUCCGGCUUUACUGACCUCACCAAAUCCGAACAGCUUGCAUUAACUUCACAUCGUGUCUCAGCCACAUCAAUGCUAAUCCAUGCGAGUUCCAGAGAAAGCACUUCGAAGAUGUACACCGGGAAUUUGUUAGCAGUUGAUGCUCCUCCUUCGCGUGUAAGCGUAGACGCUCGGCAAGGAACAGAUCUGAUGGCGAGGGAUAGCCUGGAGAUCCACGAAAUUCGUUUGGUGGUCCCCGACAUAAACAAGCCGCCAUCCAUCCAUCUGCCAAAUCCCAUCUCGACUCUUCGGAGACUCUGGGAGUCAGCAGGUCACACCAUCGAAAGCAGCCCUCAACGGCGAAUCAACCUUAUCCAAUGUGAAACUCAGUAUUGA